UCUCUCCCUCUCUCCCUCUCUCUCUCUCUCCCACUCUCUCUCUCUCUCUCUCAAUUCAGAAAAGAGAGGAAGAGAACAUGAACACGUACAGAGAAGAAAACUCAGCACAUUGCUACUUCCACCCGAAGGAAGUCUACGUAGGGGUAUGUCCCCUCUGUCUGAACGAGAGGCUUCUGGUGUUGGCUUCAAAGCAGAGCAAACACUCUCCGGCUUCUUCUUCUUCUUCUUCUCCAUCCUCUGCAAGAGGAAACAACCUUAAUCUCAGACGACGAAACCUAAUCACUCUCCCAAAGAUCUUCGCCUUCGGUUCUUUCCUCAAUCGCCGUCACCGGAAAUUCAAUCUCUCCGGCGACCUCGACACCUCCACCAGCCAAGAAGAUUCUUUUAUUUCAAUCAAAUUCGAAGACAAUGGGAAUGCGUCGUGGGAGAAGAACACAGCCUCCGUCGACAAAUGCAGAAACAGCAUGUCGUGGAAUAAGCAUCCACCGGAGGACACAGGCAAGAGCGUGAUUGAGCAUCGCAAGAGCAGGUCGUCGCUGAGGUGGCGCAAGCGGAUUGGUCACCUCUUCCAGCUCAUCAGACUCAGAGGGUCCACCUCUUGCCACGUGGUGUCCAAGGUGGAGGGUGUCAAGGUGAGAAGACAAGGUUGGAUGGUCAGGACCUUAACAAGGAGGAAACCCAACAACAAGUGAAACUAUAUAUUCAUUAUUAUAUCACUUCCUUAAAAUUGUUUUUUUUAAUUUUAUUAUUAAAAAAAUUCUCUAUUGUACUUGUUGCUUAUCUCAUCAAAGAUCUAAACUCGAGAAAAAAAAAUCUACAA